GUAUUAGCUUCUGUCAAUUGUAAUUCUUUUUUAUAUGGCAAAUCUUGAGAAAUUUCUAAAGACCUUUUUCAUUUUACAGAUUAUUAGAUAAACUAUUGGUUCUAGUUUGAUGUUUAGAAUUGAAAAGUAGGGAAUUCUUGAAAUCCUGUUUGUAAGUUCAAGAACCUUUGAACCCUUGUUUGAAAAUAUGGAUAUAUUGUUGAAAACCCCAAAUAAGCUUGAGUUUCUGCAACCCUUUCAUGGAUUUUCAGUUAAAGGUAGCUCCUUUAGCUCUGUAAAGCCUCUGAAGCUUGGUUUUAGGAAAUUUUGUGAGAAUUGGAGAAGAGGGGUUUGUGUUAAAGCUAGGAGUAGUACUCUUUUGGAGCUUGUACCUGAGAUAAAGAAGGAAAAUCUUGAUUUUGAGCUUCCUAUGUAUGACCCUUCAAAGGGGCUUGUUGUAGAUCUAGCUGUGGUUGGUGGUGGACCUGCUGGGCUUGCUGUUGCACAGCAGGUUUCGGAGGCUGGAUUAUCGGUUUGCUCAAUUGACCCGUCCCCUAAAUUGAUAUGGCCUAAUAAUUAUGGUGUUUGGGUGGAUGAAUUCGAGGCCAUGGAUUUGUUGGAUUGCCUUGAUGAGACCUGGUCAGGUGCUGUUGUGUAUGUUGAUGAUGAUAGAACUAAGAAUCUUGAUAGACCUUAUGGAAGGGUUAAUAGGAAACAGCUGAAGUCGAAAAUGAUGCAGAAAUGCAUACUAAAUGGUGUUAAAUUCCACCAAGCAAAAGUUAUAAAAGUAAUUCAUGAGGAAGCUAAAUCUAUGCUGAUUUGCAGUGAUGGUGUGACUAUUCAGGCAACAGUGGUUCUUGAUGCAACGGGAUUCUCUAGAUGUCUUGUUCAGUAUGAUAAGCCAUAUAAUCCUGGGUAUCAAGUAGCUUAUGGAAUAUUGGCGGAAGUAGAGGAACAUCCCUUCGAUACAAGUAAGAUGCUUUUCAUGGAUUGGCGAGAUUCCCAUCUUAAUAAUAAUAUGGAGCUGAAGGAGAGGAACAGAAAAGUUCCAACUUUUCUCUAUGCCAUGCCAUUUUCAUCGAACAGAAUAUUUCUUGAAGAAACCUCCCUUGUAGCUCGUCCUGGAUUACGUAUGGAUGAUAUUCAAGAACGAAUGGUGGCUCGUUUGAGUCACUUGGGUAUAAAAGUCAAGAGCAUUGAAGAAGAUGAGCAUUGUGUGAUUCCAAUGGGAGGCCCCCUUCCAGUAAUACCUCAGAGGGUAGUUGGAAUCGGUGGUACUGCUGGUAUGGUUCAUCCUUCAACGGGCUAUAUGGUAGCAAGGACCUUAGCUGCAGCUCCUGUCGUUGCUAAUGCAAUAAUUCAGUACCUUGGUUCUGAUAAGGACCAUCUAGGUAAUGAGUUAUCGGCAUCUGUUUGGAAAGAUUUGUGGCCCAUAGAAAGGAGACGUCAAAGAGAAUUCUUUUGCUUUGGUAUGGAUAUUCUUCUGAAGCUUGAUUUAUCCGCUACAAGAAGGUUUUUCGAUGCCUUUUUUGAUCUAGAACCUCGUUAUUGGCAUGGUUUCUUGUCAUCUCGGCUGUUACUUCCUGAACUUAUGUUUUUCGGGCUGUCCCUUUUCUCUCAUGCUUCAAAUACUUCUAGAUUAGAGAUAAUGACCAAGGGAACUGUUCCUUUGGUAACUAUGAUUAACAACUUGUUAAAGGAUACAGAAUGACUUAUCAAGGAUCUUGUUCAAUGGUACAUCACAU